CCUCCCUCCUUCCUUUCCCCCUCCUCCGCCGCUUUGCUCGUGAACUCCAGCCCCCUCUCUAUCAGCCUCUCACUCCGUCUCAAUAUGUCUCAAGAUGGCGGCCAAUGCGGGAUCGAUGUUUCAAUAUUGGAAGCGCUUUGAUUUACAGCAGCUGCAGAGAGAACUUGAUACCACAGCAACAGUAUUAGCAAACAGACAAGAUGAAAGCGAACAGUCUAGGAAAAAACUCAUUGAUCAAAGUAGAGAAUUCAAGAAAAACACUCCUGAGGACUUGCGCAAGCAGGUAGCUCCUUUAUUAAAGAGUUUCCAAGCAGAGAUCGAUGCAUUGAGUAAAAGAAGCAAAGAAGCGGAAGCUGCCUUCUUGAAUGUGUAUAAGAGAUUAAUUGACGUCCCAGAUCCAGUUCCCGCUUUGGAGCUGGGGCAGCAGCUUCAACUGAAAGUUCAACGUAUGCAUGACAUUGAAACAGAGAAUCAGAAGCUCAGAGAAACGUUAGAUGAGUACAACAAAGAGUUUGCUGAAGUAAAAAACCAAGAGGUUACAAUAAAAGCACUUAAAGAGAAGAUCCGGGAAUAUGAACAGACUCUGAAGAAUCAAGCGGAGAAUCUAGCCUUAGAGAAGGAACAAAAGUUACAAAAUGACUUUGCUGAAAAAGAGAGAAAGUUGCAGGAGACACACAUGUCUACGUCUUCCAAGCUUGAGGAGGCUGAACACAAAGUUCAACUUUUGCAAACUGCCUUGGACAAGUCUCAAACAGCAUUAUUUGACCUAAAAGCAAAAUAUGAUGAAGAAACAUCAGCAAAGGCAGAUGAGAUUGAGAUGAUCAUGACCGACCUUGAACGAGCUAAUCAGAGAGCAGAGGUGUUUCAGAGAGAAGUAGAGGCCUUAAAGGAACAGCUCUCAUUACUUAACAAAUCUGUCCAACAUGCUUCACAGGCUCCAAAGACCUCUGACACGGAGCAGGUAACGGAGGCAGUGACACGUUCUAGUAUGGAAGUAGAACUUACAGCAAAGGAGAGAGAAAUUGCCCAGCUUGUGGAGGAUGUACAGAGGUUACAGGCCAGUCUCACUAAGCUCCGUGAAAACUCAGCCACGCAAAUAUCCCAGCUUGAGCAGCAGCUAAACACCAAGAACAGCACACUCAAACAACUUGAAGAAAAGCUAAAAGUGCAGGCUGACUAUGAAGAAAUUAAAAAGGAACUUAAUAUCCUGAAAUCCAUGGAGUUUGCCCCGUCUGAAGCAUCGACUGUUCAGGAUGCAGCUAAACCGUUGGAGGUUCUGUUACUGGAGAAGAACCGGUCUUUGCAGUCAGAAAAUGCCACAUUGCGCAUUAGUAACAGUGACCUGAGUGGGUCAGCCAGGAGAAAAGGGAAAGACCAGCAUGAGAUUCAACGUCCUGCAACCUUGCCAGCCUCCCCUCCCUCUAAGUUGCUUCGCAACGCAGGGGAGCAGGCUUCCAAUACUAAUGGUACACACCAGUUCUCACCAACGGGUUUAAAUCAAGACUUUUUCAACUCAUCCAUUGCAAGCCCUUCUUUACCCCUGGCCUCCACAGGAAAAUUUGCACUAAAUUCACUACUCCAGCGACAGCUAAUGCAGUCCUUCUACUCCAAGGCAAUGCAAGAAGCAGGAAGCACAAGCAUGCUUUUCUCAGCAGGUCCCUUCAGCACAAACUCCAUAUCUUCCCAAAGUCCUUUACAACAGCCAAGCCCGGACAUAAAUGGCAUGGCUCCCUCGCCCAGCCAGUCGGAGAGUGCUGGGAGCGUCUCGGAAGGAGAAGAAAUAGACACAGCAGAAAUUGCACGUCAAGUCAAAGAGCAGUUGAUCAAGCACAAUAUAGGGCAGCGGAUUUUUGGACAUUAUGUAUUGGGACUAUCACAGGGUUCCGUGAGCGAGAUACUGGCUAGACCAAAGCCGUGGAAUAAAUUGACUGUGCGAGGAAAGGAGCCUUUCCACAAGAUGAAGCAGUUCCUCUCUGAUGAGCAAAAUAUCCUGGCUCUCCGCAGCAUACAAGGCAGGCAAAGAGAGAAUCCAGGCCAGAACCUGAACAGACUAUUUCAGGAAGUCCCGAAAAGAAGAAAUGGGUCUGAAGGGAAUAUCACAACACGGAUCCGAACCCCAGAAAGUGGCUCUGAUGAAGCCAUAAAGUCUAUCCUAGAGCAAGCCAAAAGAGAGCUGCAGGUGCAGAAGACUGCUGAGCCGGCUCAGCCCCCUUCUGCAUCAAGCGGUGGUAAUUCCGAUGACGCCAUUUGGACCAUACUGCAGCAAGCACGGCGUGAAAUGGAAGCCCAGCAGGCCGCCUUUGAACCUGCCUUAAAAACAACAUCUUUAAUCCAAUCUGACCUUUCUAUCAUUUCUCCUAAACUUACCUCGACAUCUUCAGUUUCCACGGUUUCUAGUUACUCUCCUUUAACCAUGACAUUAAAGAAACACACAUCUAUUUUGGACGCUAGUACUUCUACUUUACAGAACCUCUGUGUAAAAAAGGAGCCUCAAGAAACACCAGGGUUAGAACUUCAUAGCAUAUCAGAUACAUCCCAAGGCAUGCUGCGGCAUGUGAAAAAUGAAUUAGGUCGGGGUGGUGCAUGGAAAGACCACUGGUGGAACACUGUCCAGCACGACAGACGAAAUCCUGGUUCUUCUGAAGACACAAAACCAGAGGAAAUCAACUGUGGGAAAGAAAAGCUUAUCGCUCAGAGCAGGACAGAACGUAACCAGCUUCAGGGGCCUUCCUCUUCUUCUGAGUACUGGAAAGAGUGGCCAAAUGCUGAAUCUCCAUACUCUCAAAGCUCAGAAAUCAGCAUGACUGGAGCCAGCCGCAGUGAGACUCCACAGAACAGCCCACUGCCUUCUUCUCCGGUGGUCUCGAUGACCAAGCCUACCAAACCAUCUGUCCCUCCGCUUACUCCAGAACAGUACGAGGUUUACAUGUAUCAAGAGGUGGACACUAUAGAGUUAACCCGCCAAGUGAAGGAAAAACUAGCAAAAAAUGGAAUCUGCCAAAGGAUAUUUGGAGAAAAGGUGUUGGGACUCUCCCAGGGUAGCGUCAGCGACAUGUUGUCAAGGCCGAAACCUUGGAGCAAGCUGACCCAAAAAGGCCGUGAACCGUUCAUCCGAAUGCAGCUGUGGUUAAAUGGUGAACUGGGACAGAGUGUCUUACAUUCACAAGGACAGCAGCAAGGGCAAGCUCCGCAGUCUGCAACAGCUCAACAGGACCCUUUGGUUGAAGGAUGUCCAAGUUCAGAAAGCACUCCAAAGACCUCUACUAGCUGCAGUCCUGCCCCCGAGUCUCCAAUGAGUUCCAGUGAAUCUGUUAAGAGCCUGACAGACUUGAUCCAGCAGCCGUGCCCUGCGAUUGAGACCAGCAAAGAAGGCGAGCCUCAGGAGUCUAAUGAUGCAUCCGCAUGCGACUCCCAGCCAGCAACUCCUCUGCCAUUCCCCGGCCACUCCGCUCUGAGCAUCCAAGAGCUGGUGGCCAUGUCCCAUGAGCUGGACACCUAUGGUAUCACCAAGAGAGUCAAAGAGGUGUUAACUGACAAUAACUUAGGUCAGCGUCUGUUUGGGGAAACCAUCCUGGGUCUAACACAAGGCUCGGUCUCUGACUUGCUGGCACGUCCAAAGCCGUGGCACAAGCUGAGUUUGAAAGGAAGAGAACCAUUUGUACGCAUGCAACUGUGGCUCAAUGAUCCAAAUAACGUGGAAAAGCUCAUGGACAUGAAACGCAUGGAAAAGAAAGCAUACAUGAAAAGAAGACACAGCUCAGUAAGCGAUAGUCAGUCAUCUGAGCCUCCUUCAGCGGGCAUUGACUACAGCCAAGGCACCAGUCCCCAACCACAACAUCAGCUGAAGAAACCCAGAGUAGUGUUGGCACCUGAGGAGAAAGAAGCUCUAAAACAGGCUUACCAGCAAAAGCCAUACCCUUCACCCAAAACCAUUGAAGAACUUGCCACCCAGCUUAACCUGAAAACUAGCACCGUCAUUAACUGGUUCCAUAAUUACAGGUCUCGCAUACGCAGAGAACUAUUCAUUGAAGAAAUUCAAGCAGGUAGCCAUGGACAGAUUGGUUCCAGUGACUCCCCGUCAGCCACAAGCAGCAGGGCAGCUCACAGCUCUGAAGGAGACAGCUGUGAUGGUGUAGACAUGGAAAGCACAACAGAAGGGAAACAUAGUGUCCUUGAAGCAGACCAAUUCAACGGUGCAAACAAAAAGUCUCAGGGAGGACAAACUGAUUCAGCUUUUGAAGAGAAUGAGGAUGCUAGAUCUACUGAGAAAACAGACACCACACACUUAGGAGUGGACAGUCCAGAAGAUACAGAUGAAGAAGGCCGGAGAAAGCUGCGUGGCCGGCGUUCCUUUUCUGGAUCACGAGAAGGUUUGGAGACAACCAAAUCUGCUACUGAAAAGCAUGCCUCUACCUCAGCUGCCUCAAACUUGGUCCCUGCAAAGGAGAGCUCCCACAAGAAUAAAGAAGAUUCUGAAAAAUUAUCCAGUGUGCCAAGUACAAGUUCGCAAAAAGGAAACUCUAUUCAGAGCUUAUUCAACUUUUCGGAGACAGCAAGUUCCAAAAACACGCGGGACAACACUUUGAGGAAAAAGAAAGCAGCAAACUUGAACAGCAUAAUUCACCGUUUAGAGAAGGCCGCUAGUCGGGAAGAGCCCAUCGAAUGGGAGUUUUGAGAUUAUGUUCACCCUGGCUCCAGAGAGCUGGGGAAACAAAACUGGACCUUUCACUGAUUAUAUCGUGUUGCGCACUUAUCGCCCUGCAGGCCACAGGGCAAAAACGCCAUAGGCCAAGGUGCAUAUAGCAAACAAAAGGAGCAUUAAGCCCAAUUUUAUGUUGUGUUUUCGAGGACGAAAACUGAAAUAUGUAGUCAAGCUUUUUUGUACCCUGGAGUGUUUUUAGUAUUGCCCUAAGUGGUUUUCACACUUUCUGGAAAAAAAACUCUUACAGCUUUGCCUUGUGCCCUCCAUUUUCAGAGUGGGCUUAAAUAAUUUCAAAAAAAUAAUUUAAAAAAAAAAUAAUAAUUAAAAAGAUGGAACCCACAGAGUUAAUGGGGCUUUUUAUCUGCCAUGUAAUGGCCGCAGAGCGAUAAUACACUAUAAUCUUCUUAUACCAGGAAAAGGAUGAGAAUUUUUUCAGGAAAAAAAAGUUUGUUUUAGUUUCUUUUUUGUAGCUGUUUCAGUUGCCACUAAGAGAUUGCACAGUCAACUGACUCUAAACACACUAGUUUGGAUUCCUAUUUUCAAGAAGAAAAAAACCUGCUUGGAACUUUGAAAUGAAACAAACACAUCUACUCCACUUAUUUUCUAACAAAAAUCACAUCAGGAAAAAGAAAUCUUAAUUUGUGGUAGCUGACGUAUUGUUUUCUUGUUAGUGGAAUAGAAUCUAGUGCACAUUGUUUCAUAGCUUUAACGAUUCUGGUCUUUUCCAGACUGGAAUUUGUUUUACACUCCAUUUAGGCCAAAUCAGGACAAAAGAUCUGAAUUUAGGUAUUUUAUAAUCUGCUUUUUAACCUCUAACCACAGAACACGCUGAUCAGACCUCAUAUUUUUUGGGGGGGUCAGAGGGUACAAGUUGGAAUGGUACUAUGUACUGCUUCAGUUGACCUGCGAGUUCUUAACACUUCCUUACAGUAUUCGUUUUUCAGAAAACUUGUAUUUGUUGAUUUCCGUGGCCAAUGGAGCCUAAACAAACGCAUUUGAAUACCUAAAUAUGCUGCCAAGAAGGAUGCAUAUCCAAGUGACAUUUUCUGAAAUGCAGUCUGGUCACUCACUUUUUUUAUGUUAAAAAAAUAAAAAUAAAAUAAUAAUGCUCUUUACUCUGAGAUAGUACAAUGUAAA